AUGACCACAAUCACUUCUUUAUCUCUCAAUCAUUCACAUACUUUACCACAUUCAACUGAUUCAAAUACUCAAUUAGUUCUCUGUAUUAAUUCAUUUCGUGAAUCUAAACAAGAUAUUUUAUCAACAUCACAAAAUUCAAAUUUAUUUGUUAACCAUUCACAAGAACUUAUUGAACGUCUUUAUCAUCAACGAUCAAAAUUAAUACAAUUAUAUGAUGUAGAAAUUGAACGUCAACAAUCAACACCACAAUUAAUUCUAUUUCUCAAUCAAAUUGAUCAAUUAAUUAAUGAAUAUGAAAAUUAUAAAUAUAAAAAUCAAAUUAUCGACGAUACUACUCAUACAGUUAAACAUUUAGAUGAUGAAUCAUAUUCCACAUAUUUUAAUGAUGGUUCUUCUCUCGAUGAUUCCAAUGAUGUCGAUGUAUGUGAAUUACAUGAAAAAGAAAUAUCCGAACAAUCUGCAAAGAUUUCAAAUCAUCGAGAUAACGAUGAAAAUCUUCAUAUAAAUCAUGAUGAUCAUUCAUAUGCAAAAAUAGAUCAAAAUAACAAAGUUUCAACAAAAAAAUUAACAAUUCUUCAACUGAAACGUUAUAAAUACGAUGGAUGUUGUCCAUUAACAACACGUACAUAUGGUCUUGAUCCAAUAAAACAUGGAAUUCGUCAUUUUCCAUGUACACGUGUAACAGCACCUAUUAAUCUAUAUAAACAUUUAAUACAAUAUCAUCAAUUAACACAUUCUCCAGCUAUGCAAAUAGUUCGAUUAUUUGCUGAUCAGAAUGAAGAAGGUGAUAUUGAUUUAUUUUCAUCAAAAUCUAUCAGUCUUAUUGCAACACAUCCAACAGUUUAUCGUGCACAAUGUCCAUUAAAUCAAUAUGGAAAAUUUGGUAUUAUAGCUGAACAUAAAAUUCGUUUAUGUACACAACCUAAUCAACCUAUUGGAGCACCAUUAGUUACACCAAAAGAUGUGUGUUUAUAUGAUCAUUUUGUUGUUUAUCAUCAAAUGAAACGUUCAUGUGCUCAACGUUUGGCCGAAGCGAUAGUUAAAAAUAAAACUGAACAAGUAUUUCGUCCUGACGAACAAUUAUUAAAUGAUACAUUUUACGUUGAAUGUCCUUUACGACAUCCAAAAGCAAUUUGUUGGAAAUCUCCAAUUUCAACUCGUCAUAUGGGACAACAUUUAACCGGUAUACAUAAAUUAGAUCGAAUAGCAAGACGUCAAAUAAUGAUGGCAUUACGAAAACAACCAUCAUCUUCAUCAUCCGUUGAAAGUUCAACUAAAUAA